AUGGUUUCUUUCCGGAUGGCUUUUCUCAUGAUGGUUUUCAUGGUGGCUGUGGGUGCGCCGAGUGCCGAGCCGGCCAAUGGCACCGGUGCAGCAGAUGCAAUGGCCGAUGACAGGCCUGUGGUCAGCAAGGUGAUUGCAGUGGGGCUCUCCUCCAUGUUGGAUGGCCUGGGAGACUCAUUGCCUGACGCCCAAGCACUGGAUGAGGCGGCAGACUUGCUGGAGUCCGAAUCGAUUGCGGAGAAUGUGGCGUUUCCUUCGCUCAUGGAGGAAGUGUUGCUGGUUCUCGGACAUCAUGCUUAUCCUCUGCCCGUCCUCCAGGAGCUGCAACGACACUGGACCCAGAUUGCGCAGAUGAUUGCGGCGAAGGCGGCAGGAAGGCUCUACGUCCGGGGCAGCCUCGUCAAGAGAUCCCAUGGGGAUGACACCGGCCAGGGGUGCUGCGCCUGCUUCGCGAGCGCCAAGUACCUCGGCUCGGUCACGAUCGCCAGCCGGUUCCUAUCGACCUCCAGCAGCCAAAGGACCGCCGCCACCGAGACCGAUGGGCAUUGGGUCGCCUGGUGGACCGCCCCCGCCGACGCCGGUGGGGCCCGCAACAGCGGGCCUGGGGCUUGGUAUUCCGCCGAGGCCCUUCCGCGCUGCGGAGGCCAAUUCGCCGUGUCCGGCUCGAGUACAUGUCCCGCUGGUUCAAAUCCCGGGGGAUGCCGGUGCACUGAUGGCUCCGCUGGUCUGGCCGCAAGCUGCUGCUGCGGACGUCCGGUGCCUGACAUCGGAGGCAUCCACCCGGCAGAUGUGGCGCGACGUGUGGUCGGCAUGCUACGUGGCAGAGAUGCGGUGCCACAACAACUGCCGUUCGCGGCCGAGGUAUGGCUGAAGAUCCCGACGGCAUCUGACCCGGGAGCUGCGCACGAGGGGGAAGGCUGGCUUCGCUGCAGAUGGUGCUUCUUACUCAGUGCAACCAGUUCUGGACAGGUGCCAAUAUGCACAUGGAACUUGGACUACGACCUCCGACUAUUAGGUCGGUCACCUGGUUGGUUUUUCUUGUGGAGACGUUCCCAUGUGAAGUGGGGGACGGUUCGCAUGUGGGUGGGAUGCUACAGGCGACGACGCCUACGCCAUAUGACCAGGGUGCGGCUAGUUAGUCCGGAACGUCGUGAGACACAGACACCGAGCAAAUAUCCCUUCGUGUGGUCUUGUCAGCUGCUUGUCAUGUUGAUGUGGCAUUUCAGUACUUGGUGGAUCGACUGUUGGCGCAGCCUGUUCCUUAUCGUGUCUUUCUAUUCCGAGACUGUACUCCAUAUGCCGACGUCCUCCAGGCACGAACAGCAGUCACUAUCUUUGUUCGAUCUGCAUUCACACUGUGCUGUCCUACCUCCUGGACGUAUACAAAGUUCGAGUCAUGUCGGUCCCAAGUCCGACAUGGGUCCCUGUCCAGCUAUGGGUCGAGGACCACUUCGGUGGUUUCUGUGGCUCUUUCUUUGGUGGUGGAUUGUGGUGGGGGCCCAAGGAGCGAGGGUGGUCGGAUCUUCCGUCGAUCCGGCGGGAGCAAGUUCACUUGCUGUGACAGGCUCCGAGAUGGUUGCAAAGCCAGACGGAAAGCAUGUUACGAAGUCAGUGGCCCAGAAGCGUGCUUAUCGUCGUGCAUGUCUUCGGGCGACACGAGCUGGUCCCAAUGGGGCCACAUGGUAUCGAGGCAAAUGGAUGACUGCCAGAGCCUUGCAGGCUCAGAAAAUUUCUUCAGCCGGGGUGUCUCUCUCUUGCCAAAUGAGCAGAAAGCCAAGCAAGGUUCCGCAGCUUCAGCUUCCGAGGUGGCCGCCUCAGCAGGGCGACGAAUGUCUUCAUGAAGCGAUACCUCCCAGACGAGCUGGUUCGGUCAAUAUCCUGAGUGUUAAUCUGGGGGGCAUUACGCUGGAACUAUACGAUGAAUUCUGCCGAUGGUUGGAGACAGAGACCACCAUAGCCAAUAUAGACAUCAUCUGCGUGCAGGAAACUUGGAGGCUCACGAGCGAUUACGUUCUUCCGCACUGGUCGUGGCUUAGCUCGGGGGCGGAGCCGGUAUCAGGACAGGGAGUUGCUGUCCUUGUGAAUACAGCAUAUGCGGACACGGCAGUCCUGAGAACCAGAGAAAUUCGAGUUGGCCGCAUUCUUCAGGUUCAAAUGCCCGUCAAGGAUGACAAGCAAGGACGCCUACUCAAUGUCGUGUGUGUCUAUGUACCUUCUAAGGUUUCUGAAUCACAGUAUGUCUAUGAGAAACGUGCUGCUGUUUGGACAGCGCUGGAUAAGUUUCUGACGUCAGUACCGGCCCGUCAUUUCUUAUGCGUUGCUGGCGAUUUCAACACGGACCUCCAGCAGGAUGCGCCCUUUGUGGGUUGUACAUUUCAAUGGAAAGGGCACUCCCGUGCCCCGGCCAGGGACCAAUCCACUUUCCAAAAUCUGUUGCGUGCCCACUCCUUGCAUGCUAUGAAUACCUGGAAACAUGAGGCGACGUAUCUUGACCACCAAGGAAGCAGAUCACGUGUCGACUACAUCCUGACGCGAUCCAACACGGCCAAAGGUAGCAACUUUCAAUACGACAAGUUUGCCUUGGUGCGUGCCUGUCAACCGGGGCCUGAGCAAGAUCGGCUGAAACAGGCGCUGGUGCCUCACCUACCGCUGCUUUAUUCUGGGCCCCCGCCCAGUCGAGUGGAGGCACUGCUCCGUCAACUGUGUGCUGAAACCUUUCCGGCCAAGCAAGCGACCUCCAGCCUACAAUGGCAAAAUCCGGAGGUGCAGCAGGAUUUGGAGCGGACAUGGACGAUCAGGCGGGCGAUUGAUGCAACACGCAUUGCACCCUUGCCGCUACUGCGCAAGGCGUUUCAAAUAUGGAGACUCAAGAAGCAACUACGUCUGCAGGUGAAGGAGCUCAAAAAGGCCAGUCGGCAGAGACGGCGAAAGCACUGGACUCAACAGCUGGAGGAGGCCGAGAAGGCGCGGGAUGCCAAGGAUGCUUAUCGCUUCUUCCGUGUCGUUACGACUUUGGCCCCUCGGAGGCCUAUGGAGCGGGUUCAAUUGCGUGAUGAGCAGGGAUGCAUCAUGACGCCUGAGCAGGAGGACAAGGCCUUGGCGGCCUACUGGAACACCAUCUACGGUAGGCCCACCGUGAAGCAGCAAGCCUGGACUCCACAAGAGGGAAUUGCCAUUCGUCAGGAGGAACUCUACCAGGCUCUUCGACAGUUGAAAGCUCGCAAAGCGGUCUCGCCGGGGCUUGCUCCGGCAGCGGCCUGGAAGGCGUUGGCGGCGGAAAUGUCAGAGUAUUUAACCGGAUUUGUGCUGCAGCGCUGGCAGCAGGGACCGCUCCUCUUGCCAACCUCCUGGACCACUACGUCGUUGAUUUUCUUGCCCAAGGCUGGAAAGACCAUAAAACAGCCCAAGGACUUGCGUCCCAUUGCUCUACAGUCGGCGGCGUCCAAGCCAAUCACGACCGUUAUGAAGUGGCGGAUUACACCAUCCUUCCUGGAGGCCAUGCGUGCACUUCCUCAGUAUGCCUACGUUCGAGGGCGCAGUACGGUGGAGGCGAUAGCGAGGGUGGCUGCACAUUGCUCCUCUGUCAGACGUUUGGUCAGGCAGCAGUCCAUGACAAUUCACGACAAGUUUGCGGGGGCAGUUUCUCAGGACUGUGUGGGAGGGGCCCAGCUGAGCAUUGAUUUAUCGAAGGCCUUCGAUUUGUUGCCUCGUAGUGUGUUACAGGAAAUUCUGUCCACCACCGAUCUCACAGCUGACGAGCAGGCGCUGAUCAUGCAGUGGCAUCAACAGGGUCGAUAUCGCAUUCGGAGUCGCGGCAGUCCGGAGGCCCAACACAUUGACCUUCAGUGUGGUGUUCGUCAAGGGGAUGUGCUGUCGCCGUAUCUCUGGGGGUUGUUUACCGCUUACUUGGCGAAGGCCUUGGAUGCUGAGAAUGGAAGUGGCUGGACUGCCAGCAAUGGCACCUUGUACGCAGAUGACAUGCACUACAAAUGGGAGUUUUCUAAAGUUGAACAUAUGCAAAAGAUGAGACAGGAUGUUCAAAAUAUCUUUGCUGUUCUCCGACGACUGGGUAUGCAGGCCAACCCAGAGAAAAGUGCAUUUCUCAUCACUGUGCGGGGCACGCAGGCGAAAAAGUGGGUUCGUCGCUUCGUUCGGAAAGACAAGCACCAAGUGCGCCACUUUCACUUUGGAGGUGGCACAGAUGACAGGGUGCCGGUUGCUGAGUCCUUUGCCUAUCUUGGGGCGGUCCUGUCUUACAACAACUUUGAGCUGGAGACCCUGAAGCACAGGCUGGGGGUGGUCAUGGUACAGACAGCGCAGUUGUACGCCUUGGAGGCAGUCGGGGCGAAGUGGCACUCUUCCAUCUUGGCGUUUGCUACAGCGAUUGAGACGGCUCUACCUGAGGCGUAUGUGGCCAAGUCCAGAGCGGAGCCCUCUAAGGAUGUGGCGAUGGCCUUUGCUUGUAGCCAGUGUGAUCUUCGCUUCGGAACGCUACAUGACUUGAAGACGCAUGAGGGAAAGGCGCAUGGAAUCAUCAAGGCCCGAGUUGAUGUGACCAAAAACGAGCACGGCAUCAACGGCAUGCCAAUCUGUCGACAUUGUGGGGAAAAGUUUUCUAAGUGGAACAUUCUUUCCAGACAUGUGGCCAGGCAAGGCUGUCCGGCUCUUCAACAAGGACAGGUGGAUGCUGCGGUGAAGGCGAUGCUCAUCACUGAACAAAGGCCUGCUUUGGAGCGUCCGGAAGUUGUCAGUUGCAUACAGCAAAAGGGUUGGGCUGGUCUCCUGCAAGACAAAGCUUUGUGUGCUGAGCUCAAGCAGCGCUGUGCAGUGUGUUACCAAUGGAUCGUGGCAACGAAUGGAAUUCGCUCACAUAUUCGCAAAGAGCAUGGCACUUCAUUUCUGCAACAUGAGGAUCCGGUGAAGCAGGAGAUGGAACUCUUCGGCAGUCUUCUGCCAGCCUUCGGGGGAAAGCCGGCAGAGGUGGUGGAGGGACAGUCCAGCGCAGCGGCCAGGCCCAAAAGACGACGAACGCAGGACGAAAGCUCCAACUCGAGCAAGGGAAAGGGUGGUGGGAAAGGUGGAGGAAAAGGGAAGAAGAAGGACGGCAAGGAUCUGCAGCUCAAGGAGGUGGUAGCCAUUCUGUCCUCUCUGACUCUACAGCAUGUCGACCAGGUGAGCCGCAUCCAGCUGGACACAGGCUUUCUGAUGACGAUGAAGAACACCGAUCAGCCGGAAUGCAUGCUCCCGGUGAUGUUCAAAAUCAGUGCGGAGUGGAAGCGCAUCAAAGCCGAGGAACCACAGAAGCUGGACAAGCCGCUCCGAGUCACGAUGAUGGUAUGCUUGCUCAACGAGCUCAAGGCCAGGGCCCUCAAGGCCAAGGACAGUGCGGAGGCACAAAGCAAGCUGCGUGAGCUGAAGUGGUUGAACGACCGGGGGGAAUGGGUCUACAUGGUCUGGAACCCGCAAACGGAGAGCCUGGAGCUGGACGAGACCCGACCUGCCGUGCCCCAGGAAGUCUUCAUCAAUCAGGUGACGGAGACCAUCUCGAUGAUCGCGCACCCGGGGGCCUUGACGCGCUUUCAGAACGUAAGACCGCUGACGGAGGACAUGUCCGGCCACAGUGUGGCGUUUCUGAUCGACGUGAGCCUGCGGGAGGAAGGCACGCCUCUACAUCGGAUGCUCACCUCAUGGGUGGACCUGCAGGCGUGGGGUCUGGCGGCCACCAGACUACGCCAGCAACGUCUUCGGCGACCACCGGCGGCGGAGAAGCUAUCGGUGGGCACCAACAAGCUUCUACAGGGGCUGAAGAAACUUCAAGGCUUGGAUUUCAUGGUGGCUGUGGGCGCGCCGGGUGCCGAGCCGGCCAAUGGCACCGGUGCAGCAGAUGCAAUGGCCGAUGACAGGCCUGUGGUCAGUGACCUUGCUGAGGCGAUUGCAGUGGGGCUCUCCUCCAUGUUGGAUGGCCUGGGAGACUCAUUGCCUGACGCCCAAGCACUGGAUGAGGCGGCAGACUUGCUGGAGUCCGCAUCGAUUGCGGAGAAUGUGGCGUUUCCUUCGCUCAUGGAGGAAGUGUUGCUGGUUCUCGGACAUCAUGCUUAUCCACUGCCCGUCCUCCAGGAGCUGCAACGACACUGGACCCAGAUUGCGCAGAUGAUUGCGGCGAAGGCGGCAGGCCUCGGCACAAACGUGGAGUGCCAUCCGGUGAGGAAGGCUCUACGUCCGGGGCAGGGGUGCUGCGCCUGGUUUGUGAGCGCCAAGUACCUCGGCUCGGUCACGAUCGGCAGCCAAAGGCCCUUCCGCGCUGCGGAGGCCAAUUCGCCGUGUCCGGCUCGAGUACAUGUCCCGCUGGUUCAAAUCCCGGGGUAUGCCGGUGCACUGAUGGCUCCGCUGGUCUGGCCGCAAGCUGCUGCUACGGACGUCCGGUGCCUGACAUCGGAGGAGCUCAUUUGGGAGUUGGCCUCGAGGAUUGGCGUGUGUGGGCUGACACCGAUGUGGGCCCAAAGUGGGGCAUUGCAGGAUCGAUUGCGGGCCCUCAUGGACCAGGCCGAAAGCCGAGGCAUCCACCCGGCAGAUGUGGCGCGACGUGUGGUCGGCAUGCUACGUGGCAGAGAUGCGGUGCCACAACAACUGCCGUUCGCGGCCGAGGUGGCCCGAGAAAUGCUCAGGCCCUUUCACUUGCAGCUGUGUGUGCUUGGGGAAAUGGUUGGCCGCUUGUCUCCUGGUCAGGUAUGGCUGAAGAUCCCGACGGCAUCUGACCCGGGAGCUGCGCACGAGGGGGAAGGACCCCAGAUCUGGCACUUUUUCAGCUGGACAAAUGCUUUUGCAGUGCCAACAUGGACAGUGUACACAACAUGUGGUUGCAGCUGGUCACAUGAUGAGUCUUGGCCUUUCAGUUUUGUUGGGCUCAGCUUGCUGGGGGAUUCCGCCACGACGGGGGCGCGAUUCAUCAGGCUGGCUUCGCUGCAGAUGGUGCUUCUUACUCAGUGGAACCAGUUCUGGACAGGUACCAAUAUGCACAUGGAACUUGGACUACGACCUCCGACUAUUAGGCGAUUGCGCUUUCCUACGGGUAUUCUGGGCAACGUUAUGUCCGGGGACACUCGAGGCCUGUGUACAGUCCUUGGCUGUGAGGGCGCUUCCCAUGGUAUGCCGACAUCCUGGGAUCAGGAUUGGCUCGCGAACAUGCCCGCCGAUUUGCUGCGGCCUUGGGGUCCUGCUUUGCAGUGGUGGCCACAUGGUGUGCCCAAUCAGGUGGAUGCUGCAAGCAGCAACUACUGUUGGAAUCAGGUGCCUCCCUUCUUGUCUGGAUAUGGCUUUGUCUCCUGGGAAUGCUGCAGGUUACAAGGACCGCAACAAGAUACCCCUCUUCAAGGGCGACUUGCAUGCCUUGGAUUAGGCCUGGUGGGAUGUGGCUUGUGUUUAAACUUCCUCACCUAUGUCUGGGGCCUUCUCUUCGCCUUGUGGAGACGUUCCCAUGUGAAGUGGGGGACGGUUCGCAUGUGGGUGGGAUGCUACAGGCGACGACGCCUACGCCAUAUGACCAGGGUGCGGCUAGUUAGUCCGGAAAGUCGUGAGACACAGACACCGAGCAAAUAUCCCUUCGUGUGGUCUUGUCAGCUGCUUGUCAUGUUGAUGUGGCAUUUCAGUACUUGGUGGAUCGACUGUUGGCGCAGCCUUUUCCUUAUCGUGUCUUUCUAUUCCGAGACUGUACUCCAUAUGCCGACGUCCUCCAGGCACGAACAGCAGUCACUAUCUUUGUUCGAUCUGCAUUCACCCUGUGCUGUCCUACCUCCUGGACGUAUACAAAGUUCGAGUCAUGUCGGUCCCAAGUCCGACAUGGGUCCCUGUCCAGCUAUGGGUCGAGGACCACUUCGGUGGUUUCUGUGGCUCUUUCUUUGGUGGUGGAUUGUGGUGGGGGCCCAAGGAGCGAGGGUGGUCGGAUCUUCCGUCGAUCCGGCGGGAGCAAGUUCACUUGCUGUGACAGGCUCCGAGAUGGUUGCAAAGCCAGACGGAAAGCAUGUUACGAAGUCAGUGGCCCAGAAGCGUGCUUAUCGUCGUGCAUGUCUUCGGGCGACACGAGCUGGUCCCAAUGGGGCCACAUGGUAUCGAGGCAAAUGGAUGACUGCCAGAGCCUUGCAGGCUCAGAAAAUUCCUUCAGCCGGGGUGUCUCUCUCUUGCCAAAUGAGCAGAAGGCCAAGCAAGGUUCCGCAGCUUCAGCUUCCGAGGUGGCCGCCUCAGAAGGGCGACGAAUGUCUUCAUGAAGCGAUACCUCCCAGACGAGCUGGCUCGGUCAAUAUCCUGAGUGUUAAUCUGGGGGGCAUUACGCUGGAACUAUACGAUGAAUUCUGCCGAUGGUUGGAGACAGAGACCACCAUAGCCAAUAUAGACAUCAUCUGCGUGCAGGAAACUUGGAGGCUCACGAGCGAUUACGUUCUUCCGCACUGGUCGUGGCUUAGCUCGGGGGCGGAGCCUGUAUCAGGACAGGGAGUUGCUGUCCUUGUGAAUACAGCAUAUGCGGACACGGCAGUCCUGAGAACCAGAGAAAUUCGAGUUGGCCGCAUUCUUCAGGUUCAAAUGCCCGUCAAAGAUGACAAGCAAGGACGCCUACUCAAUGUCGUGUGUGUCUAUGUACCUUCUAAGGUUUCUGAAUCACAGUAUGUCUAUGAGAAACGUGCUGCUGUUUGGACAGCGCUGGAUAAGUUUCUGACGUCAGUACUGGCCCGUCAUUUCUUAUGCGUUGCUGGCGAUUUCAACACGGACCUCCAGCAGGAUGCGCCCUUUGUGGGUUGUACAUUUCAAUGGAAAGGGCACUCCCGUGCCCCGGCCAGGGACCAAUCCACUUUCCAAAAUCUGUUGCGUGCCCACUCCUUGCAUGCUAUGAAUACCUGGAAACAUGAGGCGACGUAUCUUGACCACCAAGGAAGCAGAUCACGUGUCGACUACAUCCUGACGCGAUCCAACACGGCCAAAGGACACAAAUCUGAGACGAUGCCUCAGCUACACUUUGCUUCGUGGCGGGAGGGUAGCAGACACCUUGCCCUGAUUGGGAGGAUUGACCUCACCUCAUGGCGGAACCUCCGCUCCCGUGAGGUCAGCAACUUUCAAUAUGACAAGUUUGCCUUGGUGCGCCUUGUGGUCCCACUGCAGGAUGUCGGAGCAGAUGGUUGGAUUGGCUUUUGGGUUGCUGUCAAGACUCGUUGCCUGCCAGCCACGGGCCUCGAAGGCACGGCCGACCGACCCCGUGCCGCUGAACAGCUCCAGGCCAGCAGGGCCAGGUUGACUCCCACGCACUCCGCCGUGGACGCCGCGCGUUUAGCGGGCGGCAUUGUAUUUGUUUGGGGGAAGAAAACGAUGAGCUCAGCGCAGCAAGCCGCGCCAACCAUGGCGAUCCAGCUGGGAGAGCUUCUGACCAACACCAAGGGCGGCAAGAGUGUGCCCCUGCGCGGCGAGGGCAGCGGCCCGCCAGUUUGGCAGUCCGCCGAAGUUCAGAAGAUCGGAGGCCCCUGGGAGGGCCCAGAGGCACCGGGCGAGAGCGUCUUCUCGCGCCCCGGCGUCAUGCGGGCCCACCUCAAGGCGGUGCACCUCGGCGAGAAGCCGUUCCAGUGCCCGCUGUGCCCCAAGGCCUUCGGCUACAAGCAGGCGCUCGACGAGCACGCACGCAUCGCCCACCAGGACGUGCGCCCGCACGCCUGCACGGACUGCGACGCGCGCUUCCACAAGGCCGCCGACCUCAAGAAGCACCUGGCCAUCCACGCCCGCAAUGGCUUCGUGCACCGGUGCCGGGAGGACCGCGUGGCCCGUCUGCUGGAGGAGGAGGGCCUGCGCUUCGAGCGCCAGGUCCGCGUGGACUUUGAGGGCGGCGGUUUGGCGCGCCUGGACUUCCUGCUCCGCAUGGACUGGGGCCUCUGCGUCGUGGAGGUCGACGAGGGCGCCCACUGCGUCCGCGAGCAGGCGGACGAAGCGGCGCGCAUGCUCAAGGUGCGGGCCCGGCACGCCAAGGAGCCCCUGCGCUUCGUCCGCUACAAUCCCGACUGCUUCGGCGUGAGUGGGCAGCUGGCGGAGGUUCCGCAGAGCCGCCGACCCGGGCUUUCCUGA